UAAAAGUGGUAAGAAUUUUUUGUCAAAUAUGAGAUUGUUUUUGGAAAUUUAUAGCUACGAAUUUGUUUUUUUGAUGCCAUUUAUAAGGAAGCUAGUUAGACGAAAAUUUUGUUUCUGUCUCUCCCUGAGUUCUGGAUGCAUUAUAAUUUCGUUCUACACCUUGUUUUUCGGAUUCCUUAAUGCGGGCACCUUUGUUGAUGAAGAUAUAUACAGAAAAUCAUUUAAAACUGACAUACGGGCGAAAUGGUUUAAUGUGUUUCAUAUUGGUCUGAUGAUUGCAGCUGCUGUUCUUCUGCUAAUAUCUGUUAUGACGAAAUACAUAAAGAUCGUUUUCGUAUGGAUGACUUUGUAUAUCAUCCACAUGGUAUCGUACUACAUCGUCUUCAACGCAAUGAUAAACGUUCGCAACCCGUUUCUCCGGACUCCUCUAUCUGCAUCCAUCUAUGUCUUGGUCAAUGUUUUGACCCUUGCUAUAGAUAUAUUUUACCUGAUCAUAGUAUAUUCAUAUUAUUAUGUAAAGAAACAUCCUGAAGAAUUCAGACCGCCAUGCAUUGACAAAUAAACCGCAUUAAAAACCAC